GGGCAGCAGGGGGCGUUUCGGUUGCAGCUGCAGCUGCGAUUGCGACGAUGAGGGCGCGGGGAGCGGGCUGGGCGGCGGUGCCGAGCGCUGCGGGGCUGUGAGCCGGGGAAGUCCCGCAGGCGAGCGGGGCGCUGAGGUGCGGGGCUGGAGAUGAGGAGGCUUUCUGCUGUGGAUUUGUCUCUUUUCAAAAGGAAUAUUGCAUUGUUUCACAACGAUUUGACCCUCCAGUAGAAUUUGUCGAGAUCAGUGCACAAAGAUCAACAUCUUACUUUUCUUGAAGACUUAUGUGCAGCUUUUAAAGUUUUAAUCACAAUGAAUUCAGGCUUAUGGGGUCAAGAAAAAGCAAGUCCAUCUUAUUGGGAAGAGAGGAUCUUUUACUUACUUCUCCAAGAAUGCAGUGUCAUAGACAAGCAGACUCAGAAGCUGUUGAAAGUGCCCAAAGGUAGCAUUGGGCAGUUUUUUCAAGACCGUUCUUCUGUGGGACACUCCAGAAAUAUUCCUUGUAAAGGCAAGAAAUUGCAGAUUGGAUUAAAGAUUCUGGAACAACCUCAUGCAGUCCUGUUUGUGGAUGAGAAGGAUGUCAUAGAAAUAAAUGAAAAACUAGCUGAGCUGCUUCUGGCCAUUACUAACUGUGAGGAAAGGUACAGUCUGUUUAAAAACAAAAGCAGGUUAAGUAAAGGCAUCCAGAUAGAUAUUGGCUCACCUGUUAGAGUACAGCUGAGAUCAGGAGAGGAAAAAUUUCCUGGAGUUGUUCGCUUCAGAGGACCCUUAUUGCAAGAAAGGUCCCUUACAGGGAUAUACUUUGGAGUAGAGUUACUGGAAGAAGGUCGUGGUCAGGGCUUUACCGAUGGGCAGUACCAAGGCAAGCAGCUUUUCAGAUGCGAUGAGGAUUGUGGGGUUUUUGUUGCUUUGGACAAACUGGAGCUGGUGGAAGAUGAUGACAAUGAACUGGAAAGUGACUAUGCAGCUCCAGUUGACACAAUGCAGGUAGAACUUCCUCCUCUGGAGAUCAACUCCAGGGUUUCUCUGAAGAUAGGAGACAGUAUAGAGUAUGGGACAGUUAUAUUCUGUGAUGUCUUACCAGGAAACGAAAGUUUAGGAUACGUUGUUGGAGUGGACAUGGAUAAUCCGAUUGGAAACUGGGAUGGAAGAUAUAAUGGAAUGCAGCUGUGCAGUUUUGCAAGUGUUGAAAGUACACUUCUUUUACAUAUCAAUGAUGUUAUUCCAGAGACUGUGUCACAGGACAGGAGACCUCCCAAGCUUGCCUAUACCUCAAGAAGUGGUGACAAAAGCUUGUUCAAUCAUAGUAAGCCAAAGGCUACAGGAACUACCUCUGAACCUGGAAACAGAAACAGAUCUGAAGUCUUCUACACAUUAAAUGGCUCUUCGGUUGACUCUCAGCCUCAAAUGAAAACAAAACCCCCGUGGUACAUUGAUGAAGUUGCUGAAGACCCUGCAAAAUCACUUACUGACUCAUCCCCUGGAUUUGGGCAUUCUUCACCACCACUGCAGCCACCUUUAACAAGCUCUGUGUCUACAGAAAACAGAUUCCAUUCCCUCCCUUUUAGCUUGACAAAAGCAUCGAGUACUAAUGGUACCAUGGGACACAGUCCUCUGUCUUUAUCUGUUCAGUCAGUCAUUGGUGAUGUAAAUACUACAGCUAACCAGGAGAGUCCAUCAACAGCAGGCCCAGUUGGGAACUCACAUGGUCUUGAAGCAGGUUCCUUGGCUGAAGUUAAAGAAAAUCCUCCUUUUUACGGAGUAAUCCGCUGGAUUGGACAGCCCCCUGGAGUAAAUGAACCAUUAGCUGGACUAGAACUGGAGGAUGAAUGUGCAGGCUGUACGGAUGGAACGUUUAAAGGAACCCGAUACUUCACUUGUGCUCCCAAAAAAGCUCUUUUUGUUAAACUCAAAAGCUGCAGACCAGAUUCCAGGUUUGCCUCACUACAGCCUGUGUCUAACCAGAUAGAACGCUGCAACUCUCUAGCCUUUGGAGGUUACUUAAGUGAAGUGGUAGAAGAAAACACUCCUCCAAAAAUGGAAAAAGAAGGUUUAGAGACAAUGAUUGGAAAGAAGAAAGGUAUCCAGGGUCAUUACAACUCCUGUUACUUAGACUCCACCUUAUUCUGCCUGUUUUCCUUUAGCUCUGUUUUGGACACUGUGUUACUCAGACCUAAAGAAAAGAAUGAUGUAGAGUAUUAUAGUGAGACUCAAGAGCUGUUGAGGACAGAGAUUGUGAAUCCUCUGAGAAUAUAUGGAUACGUAUGUGCUACAAAAAUAAUGAAACUGAGGAAAAUUCUUGAAAAAGUUGAGGCUGCAUCGGGAUUCACUUCAGAGGAAAAAGAUCCAGAAGAAUUUUUGAAUAUUUUAUUUCACCAUAUUUUAAGAGUUGAGCCACUAUUGAAAAUAAGAUCAGCAGGUCAGAAAGUACAAGACUGUUACUUCUACCAGAUCUUUAUGGACAAAAACGAGAAGGUUGGAGUCCCCACAAUCCAGCAGUUACUGGAGUGGUCAUUCAUCAACAGCAACUUGAAAUUUGCAGAGGCACCUUCUUGCCUGAUUAUCCAGAUGCCUCGGUUUGGAAAAGACUUCAAAAUGUUCAACAAAAUUUUCCCAUCCUUGGAAUUAAACAUAACAGACUUACUUGAAGAUACUCCAAGGCAGUGCCGUAUAUGUGGAGGGCUUGCUAUGUAUGAGUGCAGAGAAUGCUAUGAAGAUACUGAUAUUUCUGCUGGGAAAAUCAAGCAGUUCUGCAAAACGUGCAAUACACAAGUUCAUCUUCAUCCCAAGAGACAGAGUCAUAAAUUCAAUCCAUUGUCACUACCUAAAGACCUGCCAGACUGGGACUGGAGACAUGGCUGCAUUCCAUACCAGAAGAUGGAGUUGUUUGCUGUUCUCUGCAUAGAAACAAGCCACUAUGUAGCUUUUGUUAAAUAUGGGAGGGAUGACUCUGCCUGGCUUUUCUUUGACAGCAUGGCAGAUAGGGAUGGAGGUCAGAAUGGCUUUAACAUUCCACAAGUUACUCCAUGUCCAGAAGUUGGUGAAUACCUGAAGAUGUCUCUGGAAGAAUUACACUCACUGGAUUCCAGAAAGAUUCAAGGCUGUGCACGAAGACUGCUUUGUGAUGCUUACAUGUGCAUGUAUCAAAGUCCAACAAUGAGUUUAUACAAAUGAACAAUUUCCUCUGGAAAACUGAAAUAACCAGAACAGAGUUAUUGAGUGCUGCAUUUGCUGCAUUUUUUUUGGAUUGAUUCAUUUUAAUGCAACCGUUGCUGGCAAUGGAUGCGAUGACUGAGAGCAAAAGGAUUAUUGUUCUAAAAACUACAUGUGGAGUUCUGUAAUUUAAGUAUUUAAGCAUUUUGCACUCAAGGAAGUGUGCUGGUGCGUGUUUGUUUUAUAAACAAUCUAAGUGAAGUUACUAAAAGUAGAGCUUUAAGUGCAUUGAUCCUACACAGGCUUUUUCUGAAUGUUAAAGGUGGAAUUACAUCAGGAGAAAACUCCUUAGUUCACUGAGAACGUAAAGCUACUCGGUGUUCUUGCUCAGUGCAUUUCUGUGGACCAAGGAUGAUGAUUUUGUGUUUUUCUCCCCUCCACCAGUUCUCCCCACCCUCAAUCCUUUUAGCACCAAAGAUUCUCUCUCAAAGAGAGAAUAACCUCUGUUUUACUAAGAGAAAUUUUAGACUGUCCAUUGCCUAUUAAUUCUGUUUCAUUACCUGUCUACCACAUUCUUUCCAGUUCACACAUUUGCAUGUUCCAAAAUUAACAUUCAUUUAAAGAUCUGAAUUCCUAUCUUGUGAAAAUUUAGCAUAUAGAUUUGCUGUUAACUUGUAGUUUUUGGAGGGGAGUAAGAGAAGGAGAAGAAGGCACUAAGAAGUGAUAUUGCUGAAAUAUAAAAUUAGCAAUGAAAGUUAACAGGUGUCUUUUUUUAAGCAUCUUUUUUGAAAAAUAAAAGCAGUCUGGAACAGAGCAGCAACUAUUUACAAAUGAUUUGAGGACAAAACAAUAAAGUAGUGGAUUGCCUCAGGGAAUGUGACUGAAGUAGGCUCUAGUCCUUGGUAAAACAAAACUGACUUUUCUACAGUACAUUAAGCUACUACGUGGGAAUGUGUUACACUGGGAAUGACUCUUCAUUUCUGGAUUAGUAAUGAAUAUUAAACAUCUCUGCCUGGAAAGAAGAAGCUAUAAAUAUAAGUAGAUCAGAGUUUUACUGUGCACCAAGUAACUACUGAAACCUAACCUGAAAAGCUGCAAAGCCUGUGUUGAUGUAAAAUAUACCUUUAAGUCUGUUGGUUCCUGUUUGCAAUGAAAUCCUGUUGUUUUAGUUGCUUUUUGGCUAUUGCCUACACUGACUAGCAAAUGUGCCACUAUAUAUAUAAAUAUACAGUAAAAUUUAGUUGUACAAAUUGCAUAUACAUGAGCUGUAAAUUUUCAACUCAAGAUGUUUUUUAUGGAUAACUGCCUUUUGGAGAUGAGUCUGUAGAAGGAGAGGUCACAAAAUAUAAUGGAGAAAAAGCUACUUUUAAAAGUCACUGUUCUGAAGAUAAGGGAGACUGUUCCCAUGUAGUAGAAAAUUUGGUUACUUCAUUCUUGGAAAAUCUUUCUUUGGGACACGUCGUUCUACCACAGAACAGUACUAAAGAGAGGUUUAAAAUACGCUUGAAGGACUAAUCUGUCUAAAGCAAGGGCUGCUGAGAUAGGUGAUCCUGUUCCAUUAGCUGCUGCAUGAAGUGUCCUCUGGUUUUUCACUCUUAAGGGCAAGGAAGUUAUUAAUAGUGUCACUGUUGCUUUUGCCUCUAAUAGUCUUCUGGCUUCUACCUACCCUUGCCUUCUUUAUUCAGUCUGUGCUCCUUGACAAAGCUCUGUUUCUUUAGUGUCAGUACUACCAUGAGCUCUUGUUCUCUCCUGAAAAAAAAUUUCAGUGAGGCUUUAGGUAGUGGAUUCUAUAACCCUCAGUCAAUAGAUGGGGUUUUCCUUGGCUACAUAGCAUCCUGUUCUGGGAAAGCAGCAGCAGAUCUCAGAUGUGUUGGUAAAGAUGCUGUAGAAGCACCUGACAGAUAAUAUAAGGUAAAAACAGUAGCUAUAUGUUGUAUUUAUUAAAAUGGGCUGGAGAACAGUUAGCCUGAGCAGAAGGUUGGAGACCCCACCAUUGGCUGCAUGUUGAAGAGAAGUGUGGCCAUGUCCUUUGGGUACCUCUGUUGAUGGUUUGGUUCUUUUUGUAGAGCUCUUUGUAAAGAAAAGAGGGGGCUUGCACAAAAAGGCAAUAAUACUAAUAAUAUAAUAAUAAAACAGACUGAUACCUUCAUUCCUGUAGCCUCAUGGUGACGCCCAACCUGAAAGCAGCUGCAAGUGGUGCUCCUUCUGAACAAGCAGCAAACAUAAAGGCUCUGCAGAAUGAACAAGCACAACCCUAUCUAUCAGUGAGACCAAUAUGAAUGUAGUUUGGUGGUUGUGGGGCAGUUUGGUGUUUAUUUUUUUUGUUUUUUGGGUUUGUUUUUCUCCCCCCACAUUUCCAAACUUUCCCAAUGCAUUAUCUUUCCUGUGUCUUCCCCUUGUGCCAUCUUUCUCCUUUCAACCCCUUCCCAGCCCUUCACAUGUAUUACAUACUACAUGGAGUUGUGACUACUUUACCUUCUCCAGUUUAAACUCUCAGAACAGCUGGGGAACUGCUAUGCCCAGAGGGAGGUGGUAAACAUCUUAGGAUUUUUCUAAAUGAACACUCUUGUAUCAACAUAGCCUUUUUUUAAAAUUUAUUUCCCCCCCCCCCAACUGCAGAUUCCAUUUUUUUCAGAAAGCAAAUUCUGUUAGCAGAAGUGAAUAAAAUGAGGUGGAUGUAAAUUAACUGCUUGGCAUCUUGCCUCCAAUCUUCUGGCCUUUGACUAGACAUGGAAAAGAUGUGUGAACUCUUCCUGGGAUACACAUAGGGGAGAAAGGAAAAGGAAUUUGAAUGCACUACUGGCAUGGUUCUUUGUGACAAAUACUGGGGGAUUGGAGGCAGUACUUUACAGCCUUGCCUUUUGUACUACUUUAUUACAAAACCUUAAAUAGUUUUUGCAAAUGGUACGUGAUUACAUGGCUAGGUUAUUAUCAGUUCAGAGGAUGGAGAUGUCUUCUAAACAUUAAAAAAAAAAAAUAUGUUUUUGACUGAGUCAACUGAGUCAUCUUUUAAUCCAAAAAGAACUGCUUUAUGCUGUAUUGGAUUGAAGGUAAUCUGGCAAAGUGAACAAAAUGUUAUGGAAACCCCAUUUUUAAAUUUCCAUUCUCAGAAGAGAAAAAAUUGUAAAAUAACUUUAUACAAGGGUAAGAAACUUUUUUUUUAGCCCUCAGCUUGUACUUAGGGGAACUGAAUAAGCCAUUUUGAAGAAGCAGCUUGCAUUUUAAAGCAUCUACUGCUGUUUAAUGGGAUGCCCAAAGGUUCCAGUGGCUAAGCACCCACCUUUAUGUUUUUAAUGCACUAGGGAACCAAACAGUUGUGUUUUCAGUGAAUGUGCCCAUAGAUUAUUAACACUUGAUGAUUGCCUUAUGGUUUGGCUGUUAAGUAUUGUUAACAAGGGCCUUAACCUGUGAAUAGGAAAACACAUAGAAAAUGGAGGGCCUGACAGCCUGGGGGGAAAAAAAAAAAAAAAAAGCCUAAGGAGAGAGAGAGAAACCUGCAGAGUUAUGGUCGGCAACUCAGCCCCUCUUCUGCUAGGGAUUUUUAGACAAAGGAGCACAAAUCAGUAGAAAACUUUAUACAUCACAGCACCACUAAACAUUUGCUCAUCUUGAACGUAGAGUGUAUUAGAGAAAAGGUGUUACAGGUUAUGCCUUACACUUAAGUAUAACAAAAAAACCCCAG